AUGCGCACCAGAUCCGAUCAACUAAAAGCCACGCUGCAGCUCUUAGCAGGCGAUGGCGGGCGCACAAAGGCCAACUGCUGCGCCACCGACCAACGACAGUCCUCCCACCGCCUCUCCUCCUCCGCCUCCCCCUUAAUGGGCAAUGACGCUGCCAUGGAAAGUGCGAGGCGCAGUGCCAUAAUUUACCGACGGGGCGGAACACUACCACACUGGGAACAUGGACAUCAAGGACAAAUGUACCCGGUUUAA